GUCAACAUAACCUAACAAAUUUUUAUAAUAUUUGUAUUUUUUGUAUUUUUUCACAUAUUUUUGAUAAUUUUACAUUUAUUUAGAAAGUUCUCAGUGUUCAUUACUUAUUUUUAAGCUGCCAAACAAGUUUCCAAUACAAAAUGUCAAAAAAAAAUGAUCUACUUGCAAAAGAGAACGCAGUACAGGCAAUACUUGUUGCCCCUACAUUUGAAGAUGAAUUUUUGCCAAUCUCAAAUGAUAUUCCUCUGUGCUUAUUCCCAGUCGUUAACAAACCUUUGAUAGACUAUACUUUGGAAUUUUUGUCUCUGGGAGGAGUCGAGGAAACGUUCUUAUUUUGCUGCAAUCAUGUAGCAGAGAUUAAAGACCAUAUUAAGAAAUCUGUUGAAGAAACAGUAGGAUGGACUUUAACAAUGAAAGUUCACAUUAUAGUCUCAGAAAGUUGUCGCUCUUUUGGAGACUGCUUGAGGGAUUUGGAUGCUAAAGGGCUUUUAAGAGGCGAUUUUGUACUGCUAGAACCUGGGGUGAUCUCAAACAUUUCCUUAUCUUCUCUUCUUAAAAAACACAGUGAUAUAUGCCAAAUGGACAAAGGAGCAGCAAUGACAGUAAUAUUUCAAGAAUGCGGCCUAAACCAUAGAAGUUUAUGCCCUCAAGAUGAAACCCUAGUGAUCAUGAAUAGUAAAAACCGUUUGCUGUUCCAUAAAAAAACCAAAAAAACCAGCGACAAAAAAGUCGAUUUCCCUUUGGAAAUUUUCCUGGAAAACAAUUCAGUUUCCAUUUAUCACAACCUCAAAGAUACGCACAUUGCCAUUUGUUCUUCCUCAGUCCUCCCAUUGUUUUCUGACAAUUUUGAUUUCCAAACCAAAGAUGACUUUGUUAGAGGCCUAUUGAUGAAUGAAGAAAUUAUGGGCAGCACUGUUUACGGUAACAUUUUGAGGGGCAGCAAUUAUGGAGGUGCAAUACAUAACUGGAGGACUUAUCAGUCUAUUAGUAUGGAAUUGAAAAAUAAAUGGGUGCAUCCUCUAGUACCCCCAACAAAAAAAAACAGAUCAAUCUAUGAAGAUUCAGCUAUUGGCACAUCAACAAAAGUAGCCUUAACAGCAAAUAUUUGCAGGAGCAUUUUAGGUUGCAAUGUAGUUAUUGGAAAUAAUGUAAAAAUUCAAGAUGCCUUUAUUUUUGAUAAUACACAUAUUGAAGAUAAUGCAGUUGUAUCUUUAAGCGUCAUAGGACCUAACUGCAUUGUUAAAAAUGGGGCUAAAGUUACUGCAGGCUCGAUAUUAGGAAAAGGGGUUGUUAUUGAAGAAAACUGUUUGGUUGAAGACAGUUUAGUCCAGCAAACCAAAUCAGACAAUUCAGAAGACAAAAUUGGCCCUUCAGCUUACCGUUUAAGGCUAGAAGAAGAUGAAGAAGAUAUUGACUUGGACAAAUCACUAGCUAGAAGAAUGUCAAGGCUUCAUAUUCAUGAGGCAACUUACGAGUCUGAAUAUGAAAGUGAAGAUGAGUUUAGUGAAAGUGAAGACGCAUUGUCUCAUAUUCAUUCACCACCACCAGAUGAUACAAAAUUGUUCUUUACUGAGGUCAUUGAUAGUUUAACUAGAGGUUUUGAAGAUAAACUCCUAUGUGAUAAUCUUAUUUUAGAAAUCAAUUCUUCUAGAUAUGCUUAUAAUGUUACAGUUAAAGAAGUGAAUUUCAAUGUUAUUAAAGCCAUUUUAAUAAUGUCUGGUGAUUUACCAGAGGGGCCACAAUAUUUUUCCAGUUUUGCUCAAAUGCUUUCUUAUUUUGCCCCACUUUUUAAUAAUUAUAUUAAAAAUCUUAGCGCUAUGACUGAUUGUCUUCAAGCUGUUGAGGAAGUUGCAAUUUCUGGAGACUUUAAAGACAAAUGGGCCGUUUUUACAUUGAAAUAUCUUUACGAAAAAGAUUAUUUGAGUGAAGAAGCAAUUUUGGAUUGGUUUGGAACCAUCAAAACUGAUACAAAAUUUUACAAGCAAGUCAAGCCUUUUACUGAUUGGUUAGAAGAGGCUGAAGAAGAAGAUUCUGAUGACGAAUAAAGUCGUGUUUUGUACA